UUUUUUUUUUUUUUAAGACAUAGAACCCAGGACCACCACCCACAAUGAGGUGGCCCUUUCCAAUCAAUCACUAAUUAUGAGAAUACCCUACAGGUUUGUAUACAGCCUGCGCUCACACAGGCAUUUCCUCAAUUGAGGUACCUUCCUCUGAGGUGACUUCAGCUUGUGUCAAGUUGACAUAAAGCCAUCCAGUAUAACUGACCUCUUGUCAACUUGAUACACAAACAUGUCACUGUUAAGCCAUACUUUUUCAUUCCUGUCCAUCCCCAAGAUCACACAUUACUAUAGACAACAUAAAAUAUUUUAUAAACGUAAAAAGUCCCAUAGUCUUACAAAUUCAAAUACUUAAAAGUUCACAGUCUUUUUUUUUUUUUUUUAAGAAUUCAAGGUCUAUUUUAAAACCCAAGUCUAAACUGUGGACUCUUAUAAAGUGAAAAAUAAGUUAAAUACUUCAGAAUGGAGAACAAGGGUGCAGACAAGGCAAAACUGAAGUGGAAACAGUUUAAUCACUAAUUACCCACGUCUGGGAUCCACUUACAACCUUCUGGGCUCCUCCAAAGGGACUGGGUCAUUUUUCUGGCCCCGCCCUCUGCUACAUAUUCAGAAUAUUUUCUAGACUCGGGCCAGCUUCACUCCGUGGCUUCCGUUCUUGAUGGUCCUCUCAUGGCACUGGUGUCUCCAAAAUCCUGGGAUUUCCUGGUACAACUGGGCUGCACUUUGACCAGUAGCCUCUCUUGGGCUCUCUUCACAGUGCCAAGCUUCAGCUUCUCUCCAUUACCCCUUCUAUCCUGGGGCUUCAGAUGCUGCUGAGGUUGUACCUUCACCAAUGACCUCAGCCGACCUCUUCAUGCCCUCAGUACAGUUCCAUCUUGGACACUCUUACACAUGACCAAGUUUGGCCGCCAGCGUAAGGGCCACCUCUGGAGCACAGCUUCUGCGUGCUAACUGAGGAAAUACUUCCCAGCAGAUUUCACCUCAGUAAUGCUGGUCUUCUUUUUAAAAUAGGGUUUCUCUGUGUAGCCCUGGGUGUUCUGGAGCUCACUCUAUAGGCCAGGGUGGCCUUAAACUCAGAGGUCCGCCUGCCUCUGCCUCCAGACUGCUGGAAUUAAAGGGAUUUGCCACCAACUCCCAGCUUCUGGUCUCUUCUCCCCACCCCCACCCCCACCCCCCCCACCCCCACCCCCCCGGAGCUGAGGACUGAACCCAGGGCCUUGCAUUUGCUAGGCAAGCGCUCUACCACUGAACCAAAUCCCCAACCCCUUCUGGUCUCUUCUUAAUCACAGCUCCUAUCUCAGUUCCAGCUGACCAGCGUCCCAACAAGACAAAGCUUUUACUUUAGUGGUUCUGGUCUCUCAUUAACCACUGUUCAUUUUUCAGCUCCAGCUGAUCAGACACUGCACCGUUUUGUUUUGUUUUUCACACAAUAGGUAUGGUAGAGUCGUUGCUUUCUUCUGAAACACCCCAGGCCUCCACUCUCUGCAUUGCUUUUGUCUUCUCUUUCAAGCCCUCACAGAACAGCCCACUGAGCACUCAGCACUCAAUGGCUCUUCUAGUUCUUCCAAAAUCCUCCUCCAAACAUCACAGUCAGGUCCAUCACAGCAAUACCCCACUCCUGGUACCGAUCUCUGUCUUUGUUAGAGUUUCUAUUUUGGUGAUGGAACACCAUGCCCAAAGUAACUUGGAGAGGAAAGGAUUUAUUCGGCUUAUACUUCCAUAUCACUGUUCAUCACUGAGGCAGAUCAGGACAGGAACUAAAGCAGGGCAGACCUGAGCUGAAUCAGAGGCCAUGGAGAGGUAUUAUUUACUGGUUUGUUCUUUGUGGCUUGCUCAGUCUGCUUUCUUACAGAACUCAGGACCACUGUCUCAGAGAUGGCCCCACCCACAAUGGGUUGGGCCCUCCCUCAUCAAUCACUAAUUAAGAAAGCCCUCUACUUACUGAUCUGUGAAUGUAUGUGGAGUGAGGAGGACUCCUCCAGGGCCUGGCUACCAUCAAGGAGAGCAGGCCUGAACACCAGCCCUGGGGCCUGGUAACUGUCAGAGAGGGAGCCAGGGCCAGGGAAACCAAGAUGCAGGGCCAGAAGCCAGCUUUCCAAUAAAAGUGGUGAAUGUUUUAGCAAAUGUAGAAUCCUGGAAAUUGCUUAGGAAAAAAACCCAACCUUGGGCCUAGCCAGCUUGGCUAAUGACAGGGGAGCUCCUGGCUCCUGGACAUGUGUGAAUGAUGGCUACUGGGCCAAGGUGGAUGCAGUGUAGGCCCUGCUAGGCCUCUUCAGGGGAGCUAUGUGAUGACUUCACAUUUGCGCCCCUCCUCAGCCACGGCCUGGGGGGUGGUCCAGUCUCAGCUGACUUUGCUCUGUGACAGCUGAGCCCUUUCCUUUCAUUAGUGUGCCUUAUUCUUUUCCCCAGCCAACCUCCGACAUGUCCUCUCAUGACAGAAGCCAUUUGUCAGCAGGAUUACCUCCAUGCUAGGGCCCAGCCUGGGCUUGAGUCUGUAUUCAAACCACAGCCCUCCUGGGGCACUGACUACCUGGCUUGGUUAGUCUCAGGCAGAGCUUGCUUACUCUCUGGGAGCCUAGUCUAUCUGUCUUCUCCCAUGCAGGGCUCUGGGCAGAGAGAUUAGUGCACAGACUCCCGACUGCCACCAAACCGCAGCUUGGGACCCUGCAGCCUCUGUGGUGUUAAAUGUUGCCUCACUCCUAGGGAUGCUUGCUGUUGGCUGAGUGGACCAACUUCUCUCAUCUACUUUCUUUGUGUCUUCUGAUCUGUAGGAGCCUCUUCCCAGGACAUGGUCCCCACAGAGGAUGCUGGUCUGUGUGAUUACAGAUAGGCACUGUUUGAGGCUGUUCAGGUGGUAAGAGUGAGGAACGCACAGGAAAGGCAGAGUCAAGGGUGUUCUGUGUGCUAACUCACCAGGCAGAUGACUUUGGUUGUAGGCAGCUGUGGCUAGUGCAAGGCCACAAGUUCUGGGAGUCCCCCAUUCUAUUAGCUCUGUAGACCCAGGGUCAGCCCAGGAAAGAGGGCUUGGGCAUGAUGAAUAAACCCCAACUGGUCUUGAAGAGAGCAUUGAGAGGUGGCCAAGGUCCAGUCACUACCCACUGGCUCUCUUGCAGAUACACAGGAUAUCUUCUGUCCGUGCUGGCCCCAGGCAAAGCAGGGUCACCCUGGCAGCCCCCAGCCCAGUGUGGGGGAGGAACUGAGGCUAGAGGAGCCAGUCACACCCAAAAUGAAAACCACAUGCUGGGCCUGGCUCUCCCUCAAGCCACAGGCCCACAGCUCCCUCUCCCUCUCUUUUGCUCCCCAGCCGCUCCUCUAGGGUGCAGCGUGUGGGGAGCCUGGAAACAGAGGACAUCAACAGGAGAGCUCAAGAGACAAAUGUAGCUUCCCGAUGGCUGCCAGGCCCUCAGCCUUCUACCUCAUCCAAGCUGAGGGUCCCCAGUUGUCCCUUUCUCUAAGGACCUAAAAUUUGUUGUGGGAGAUGCCCAUGUAGGGCUGCUGGGUGGGGCACAGUAAGGGGCCCUGGCAAGAAUCUGUGGGUGGAGCAUUGGGGUGAGUGAGGACAGUCAUUCGAGAAAGGCCUGGUGCUGGCAAAGAUGGGUCAACCAACACCAGAUGGCUUGUGCCCCCACCCCCCCAGCUACUUCACCCUGUCUGAGGCCACUGUCCGAGCAUGGUUGCUGGAUUGCUCUGAUCCGGCCUCAGGAUGAUAGGGCCCAAGGACUGGGCUCCUGACUCAGGAUCUCCAGUUUCAGUACACACUGAGGCACCAUGCUUCAAGACCCAGCCCUGGAACAACAAGGGCUGCCACUUGUCAAAUGAGAAACAGGCUCACAGGCAUGGCCUUGGCACCGCUACUCAGGCCCAGCUGAAGUGCCAGCACGCAGUCAGAUGUGCUCAGGCUUACCCGGUAGACAUCCUGCAUGCAGGUGUAUAUAGUAUGGCCUCUUCCCUGGGACCUCAUCCAGGAGUGCCUGUCCACCCAUAGCCAGUCUACUAUCCACAGGCCCCAGAGACCACACCCAGAGCCCAUCUUGGGUGGGAUUGAGCAAGAAAUACAGUGCUGGGUGGGCAAGUCUCCUGCCUCAGCCCAGCGAUUAGCCAGGCCUCCCCUAGGGUCAACACACACACACACACACACACACACACACACACACCAUACACACACACCACAUACACCACACACACCACACACAAACACACACAAACACACCACAUACACAAUACCACAACACACACACACACACUCACAGAGCACACACCACCGCACCCCCCACCACUCUCGAACACACAGGAAACAAGCCCAACCCACAUGUGCACCCCAUUAAGACCGCAGGUAGGCCCCAGGGAAGCUACAAGAAGACAGUAAAUUCAAUAAGGCAGCUGUACACACAGCUAAUCUCCAGAAACAAACCCCUUUCAGAUUCAAGUACUUCCAUCCAGAGAGGCCAGGGGGAAAGGUAGCAUUUGUGACAGUGAUGGAAACUCUAAACCGGGAACAGAUGCAGCAUGCCAGAGCUAUAGGGGAUGUCUGGGCAGGGCUGCUGUGGGACACAGGUCCCAGUGCUGAAAGGGAGCUUUGCUUAUGUGCUACAGGGAUACACUGCUUAUAAUGAGACGAUACCCAGCAACACACCUUCACUCAAAGCAAACGCAUUGUUCUGACGACAACAACCAAGAUUUCCUCUAGAGCUAAGUAAAUUCACUAUAAGGUUACUAUAGAAAAAUAAACAAGAGGUGAUUAGGUAUGGGCUUCCCUUCCGGAAGGCUUCAUGUUCAUAUGGUAAGGGCUGUGGGGGUGAGAGGGUCACUCGGUGAUAGAGCAGUGUCUGGCGCACAUAAGGCAUGAGCUGGAUCCUUAGCACUGAGCGAGCUGCUUCUCCUGCCAAGUAAGGACACACAGUACCCGCCACUGUCCUAAGAGUGAGGUGGAGCAUGUGUGGAUGCCUUGGCUGGGGACUAACACUGGAAAACAACUCACUACUUAUAAACAAGCCACUCUCCGUAUUCAGUUAGAGCACGUCUCCUGGGAAGAUGUAAAGCAAUGUCUAUUCGAUUUACGUAAGGGGGGCUUGACAGACUAAAGCGAGCGUUCUCUCCAGACCCAGCUUUAGCUCAGUGAGUCGGUGAGUUCAUUAGGGGUUACACACAAGGGCUUGAGUGACUUUUGGGUGUCUGCAGUUAUUUACAGUAGCAGUUAAUUAAAAUCAAUUACAGUAGAAAUUAGCAAUUGGGAGGGGCUUUGUGAGGGUCACGUAGCCCUAUGGUUUCAUGAGCCUCCCCAUCUCUUUGUUGGGGUUUCUAUUGCUACAAUAAAACAUCAUGGCCAAAAACCCACGUGGAAAGGAAAAGGUUUAUUUCCCACACUUCCACGUCUCAGGAAAUCAGGGCAGAAACCUGGAGGCAGGAACUGAAGCGGAGGUUUACUGCUUACUGUCUUGCUCAGUCUGGUUUAUCAUAGCUCCGAGUACCACCAGCCCAGAGGUGGCACCAUAGUGAGCUGGGUCCUCCCGCAUCACAAUAAAAUGCAUCACGGGCCCAUCUGGUAGGGGCAUUUUCUCAAUUGAGGUUUCCUCUUCUCAAAUGACAGUGGCUUGUGUCGAGGUGACAUGACUAGCCAGCACAUCCUCCUCCUACAAGGGAAUGGUAGCCGACUGAUCUCGUGAUCCCAGUGCCGGCGAUCAGAGCUUCCCGGUAGGGGUGGUCCAUCCUUAGGAAACAUCCACCGUGCAUGACAGCACAGACUGAGACGCAUGCUCAUACCACAGCAGAAGCAGCUGCUCAUGGGUACGGAGUCUCCUCUUGAGGUGACUGUGUUUAUGUGUGGUGACACGCUGCUGAGUUGCUCCCCAUGAAGGGGUGACUUUUAUGCUACUGAAUGACAUGUCAAAACUUAAGAAAUGUCUUAAGAAAAAGGCCACGUUGUUGCCCCUCAAAUUUGAUGCCGCCGUGGAAACCAUACAAGAGAGGCAGGUACAGCCCAUCUAGCAUUGCAGGGCCCAGGCCACCCUGUUCAAAGAGUGAGCUCAGGGUGAGGGGCUGGGUUUUCCCCACUCUUGGAAGGAGCACUCUUUGCAGGAGAUGCCUAAUCACCAAUAUAGGCUUCAGAGCCAAGCCCAGCACCCCCAGAGACCCAGACCUAGUCCAGACAUCCUGGCUGAGGACAGUGACCCUGUGGUCCCAGCUUAAACGAGAGAGCAUCUCUGGCUGAGCCCUGGGCAUUUAGAUGAGCACAGGCUCUGUCCUACGUUGGGGGUCUGAGAGUCCCUGGUACCUCACCACAACAGCAGUCAUGAAGCCGGGACUAAGGCCCUUCUGAGAAGAGGUGCCCUAUUGUACCUCACCCCACGGAAGGCUGUGGCUAGAGGCUAGUCAUACCUGGCCUGUAGCACCACAGGCCUGGGUUCCUCACUGGAAAACUGGGAGUGGACAGAGGUGGAGGUCAGCGUUGUGCGGAUGGGGACUAGCAGACUCAGAAGGGGCAGCCAGAGGAAAGCGCAUUCCCACACAGUUAGCUCAUGGUUUACACAUCCCAGCAGGCUGAUAAGGUCACAGAAGGGGAGAAGCUCAGAGCUGGAAGCAUCAUUGAGAUGAUGAGCCAAGACUUGCCCAAGCCAGAACUCUGGGGGCCUUUGGGGUCGUCCAACUCUGGCAGCCUAGGCUACUAGUUCUGAGCUGGUCUCCUAGCACUACCCCUGACCCCAUCACGGUCCUCCAUGGUAGGGCCUUCCCCAGCUCAGCCUUUGUCUCCCCCAGAACCUUUCCUGAGACCCAGUGCUCAGACCACACUCAGGAAAUCUAUGUAGGGCUUUUUACUUAACUCCACCCCCCUAAGAAGUGUUUAUGUGUGACAGCCAAAGAGCACUGUGGAUACAGAUUUAGGAGUUGAACCAUUUUUUCCUCAGGACAGAACUAUGGUGGCUUCAAGGCCAGGCUAUUGCUAACCGCAGUAAGUCUCGUUGGUGACUUGUUCCAUCGCAUUGAGAUACUAAAACCGCCUGUCUGCCCUCCAUGACAGAGCCCAACAGUUUCUCGACACUGUCUUUCUCGCCGCACCCACACUGCAGGACACCUAGUGUUGCUGCCUAUCCCUAUCACCCGCCUGUCACCACCCUCCCACCCAACACUUGUUUAAUUGUCUUUUAACGCCAUCUCUGCCGUUCCUGGGCUUUCAAGACUCCAGGCUUUGCUGAGGCCUCGGCAGUCUGGGUGUGUUGAUAGCAAACCCUGAACCAUAGUGGUUUCCAGAAUGCCUGGGGUCCUGAAAUGAACUCCACACCACCCAGCGACUGGAGUCUACUUGACACUUUUUUUUUAAUUUUAAAGAUUUCAAAAUUAUGCAUGUAUGUGUGAUCAGUGUGGGUAUGUGUAUGUGAGUGUGGAUUCUCACGGAGGACAGAAAAGAGCAUCUGAUAGCUUGGAGCUGGAGUUACAGGCAUUUGUAAGCUACCUAACAUGGGCUCUGGGGUUCAAAUUCCAGUCUGUCCCAGGAGCAGCAAGUGUUCUUAACCACAAGGCAUCUCCCCGGCACACAUACUUUUUUGAAAAGAAUGAGUUUAGUUUUUAUUUAUGUGUGCAUGAGUGUGCCCAUGGAAACCAAAGAGAUUGUUGGAUUUCCUAGAGCUGGAGUUAUAGGAAGUUGUGAGAGCCACACAAGUGUGGGUGCUGGGUCUUCUGGAAAAACAUCAAAUGCUCCUAACCCCUGAGCCAUUUCUCUAACCCCGUCACUUGACACCUCUUGUACAUAGUUUACCAGUGACAGUGUACAGCCGUCAUACAUGGUUAUGGACCAUGGUGAAGGAGCAAACAUGGGAAAAGGAACAGAGACGCUCACUGAUCUUCCUCCCACUUGCCAUCACCUGCUCAUCCAUGGGAUCCCAGGUGACACUGUCCAGAAGCCACUGUCCUUCUCUAGGAGGACAUCACAUCCUCCCAAGGAUGCCUGUCUGUGUGACCUGCACUGAGUUGAUGCUUCUUCUCGUGCUGAAUCUACAUCUUGUCUUUCUUCUCUAGAGAGGACCACAUUUAACUGUCCUGAAAUAGUGGCCGCCUCUCACAUGGGGAAACAUUGUUGUCCCCAGCAGUCAGGUGAUGUCCUGACCACAAGGCUAACAGAGAGGUUGGGGGUACUUCUGUGACCUUGCUGUAGACAGCAUGGUCUGGCUGCCUUCCUGUCUCCAGUGCCCAUCACCACCACCACCAAGAGGUGCCCGUGGGCAUUUUUACAACCGUGGUAAUCAUCCUGCUGGGAACCACAUCCUGGGGCUGGAGAAAGGAAGCUGAGCAACUGUGGACCAGAGCAGCCAUGAUGGGGGAGCAGUUGGCUUUGCCUUUUGGGCCUGGCCUGGGUGAGCAGCUUGUAGCAGCAUCUCAGCUCUCUGUUCUCUACACCAUCCAUGUGGUCGCUGGAGCAUCACUGCAGAUUUCCUUGCUUGUCAAACCGGGAUGAUCUGGGAGGGAAUUUCAACGGAGGAAAUGCUUUCAUCGGAUUAAUCUCUGGUCAACUUUGUGAGGCAUUUUCUGCAUUAGUGACUGAUGCAGCAAGGGACCAGCCAACUGCGGAUAGGCAAGUGUACAGAAGCAAGGUGAUCCAGUUGUGGAGAGCAAGCCAGUAGGCAGUAUUCUUCCAUGGUUCUGCUCCAGUUCCUGCCUCCAGCUUCCUGUUUCUUCCCUGACUUCCCCAAAUGAAGGACUGUAAGCUCUAAGACGCAAUAAGCCCUUUCCUCCCCAGUUGCUUUUGGUUAUGAUAGUCAUCACAACAAAAAAUAAUACAGGACAGUACUUAUCGGUAGAAGGAAUAUACACUUAAAAAAUCUUAUAUCUUCAUAUUGACUUUAUUUUUUUUCUUGAGAUGUGGUCUCAUGAUAUAUCUCUGACUUGCCUGGAACUCACUAUGUUGACCAGGCUAGACUUAAACUCAGAUUUGAAACACAAGUGCUGGGAUUAAAGGUAUAUUGACCAAUUUUUUAAUUAAAAUUUUUUAUUACAUUUUAAUUAAUGGGGGUGAAGCAUUCUCCUCUUUCACUGUGUGGAUCCCAAGGAUUAAAGUCAUGUCUUCAGCCUUGGUAGCAAGUGUUUUUACAUACUAAUCCAUGUCUGGGGGCUUUAAGUUUGAAUUUUUAUAUAAAGUAAUCAUUAUCACCAAAAAUUAUUCUACAUGCUUUUUUCUGUUUAUGUCAUUGGUUUUCUUACCUUACUGCACUUGUACAAGGUCUAAGAAAACAUCGGACAUCGGCGACAGUGGUAGAUGCUACUGUCUUGGCCACUGAAGGGUACACAGCUGCCUCAGAGUUUUUGUCACGUGACACACACCCCAGAAGAAAGUGAAAAAGGAGUGAAGGUUUAUUUUGACUUACACUUGAAGGAGUUUAAGUCCAGGUUUGCUCCAGCGGGAUAGAGCCUUGCAUCUCAUAGUAGCCAGGAAAGAGGGAGAGGUACAGAAAGGGCCCUGGGCAAGGUGCUUCCCCAGUGACCCACUUCCUCAGCAGGACCCAGCUUCUUACAAUUCUGGACCAUGAGCUGCAAGCCAACUCUUUAAUACAUGUACCUGUGAGGGACAUUUUAUACACACAUAAACCAUGACAGGAACCUCGGGUUUGUUGUUGACAUUGUUAAUUUUGUUAAUAAUAAUAAUGGGCACCUGGUCAAACUUACCUUUGUCUUGUCUCUCUGAGGUUUCUGAGAUUCUCUUUAGUGAAGCGAUCUGAGUUGGCCGCAAAGCCUGUCCUGGUUGACAAGGUCUCCUGGACAAGCUACACAAGUUACUGGUUUUAGUUUGGUUGUUUCGCGUCUUCAUCUAGAGGUGAUGCCUGUCUGGUUUUCUGGUUUUCUGGUUUUCUCCACGGAGAGUUUCUGUAUUAAGUGACACUGGAUUCAUGAGUUGAGUUGCAGAUUUUCCAUCUUCUCAUGCAUUGGAAGGGCUGGAGUGAUUCCCGGCUGACUCCUUCCAGCUCCGAGCCAGACCCGGGCCAGCGUGAGCAUCUCUGCUUCUCCCGAGCUUCCCAGGACUGAUCACUUCUGAGCGCCUUUCCAGCUUUGUGUAUUCCUCUAAUUGUGUUUUUCUCAUUCAGUAACUCUGGUCAUUUGAAUCCACCGAGGAUCACCUGUGUGCUGCAGGCCCCCUAAAAGCUUCAAGUUCUGACAUCGUGACCCCUUCUGGAGGCUUCCCUCUUCAUGAGUCCCAUCUUAUCCCUGAUCGUUUGUGGUUCUAAAUGUCAACAAUUAGCACUGAAUCGCGAUGGUCAUCCCUCACUGGGGACUUUCUGGCACGGACAACUGAUUUCAGGAGGAAUCACAUAGCCUCUUCUCUACCCCACUGCUUUCUUUUUACCCUCAGAAUCCUCUAAUUCCGUGAUGGGGCUCACUAUGUAGAGAUCCACCUACCUCUGUCUCUUCGGUGCUGGGAUAAAGGUGAGCCCCUCCACACCCAGCUCCAUUUAUUUUCUCACGAUGCAUAUAGCAUCCUUUCUCUGCAUCCACUGCAGAACACCCAGUGCUGGGCUCUGCCUGUCCAUUUCUAUGGCUUUCUAGUGGCCCCGCACGUCCAGAUUGGAGUUCAGGCUUUAGACAAAUGGUAGCUACAUCAUUUCUGAGUGCUUAAAGGCUGGGGACAGUUUUAGUUACUUUAAAACGUGCUGGAUUAUACGACCAUUGAAACCAAACCACUUUCAGUUCACUCACCGUGCACUUGAAGACUUGUCUCCUCUGUGAGGAUGUGAGCUCUAAUGUGUUAUACACAGUCUGUCUCUCUGUCCGUCUCUCUGUUGCCACCCUGCCCUUGGCAUCCCCGUUCCUUGCUGACCCUGCACCGUGUCAUGGCGACUCCUGUUAGGGUCGGUGCUCACGUCAGCACAGCUCACUGGUGGCCAGGCUUAGAUUCUUGCUCUGUUCGCCCUCCUUGGCUUGUGCCCACUGGGCUGGCUACUCUUUUGUUUUUGCUGGAUCUGGCAUAGGGAGAGCAUGUGUAGAGAUUCUUCUCUGUGCUCAGUGGUGACAUAUCUGGGCUGGUGUGGGAUGCCUGAACCCUAGAUGACAUGCUACUGUCUGCAAGGAACUUCCGAGGCUGCAGCUCACCCUGUUGGCAAGGGCAAGCAUUUCUCCUGUAUUCUGGAAGGCCUGGGAGGGGAGUAUAGUAUUCUUUGAAGUGGCCCAGGCUCCCCAGGGGCACUUCCCCAUCUCUCAUCUUUUCAUGGAUUCCCCGGGUUUUUCAGUGGGGAAAUGGCAACCUCUGUACAUGCCUUCACCAUGUAAUGGAAGAUGUGGAAAGUCCUGGUGCAUUAGAAAUAUAUAGUGCCCUGUGCUCCCAGAUGGGGAAAGCUGAAGCCCAGAGAGGCAAAGUCACCUUCUUGGGGACACACAGCCAUAUGUGAAGAAGCUGAAAUCUUCUCAUCUCUCUGACCUCUGAGAGAGGGCAUUGAGGAAGGGCUUAGAAACAAAACAAAACAAAACAAAACAAAACAAAGCAAAGCAAAACAAAACAAAACUGCCCCUUUCUCAACAAGUGCUGAAUACCCUGUUGGGUGUACUUAAUGGUUCACAGAAAAAAACCUGGGGAAGGAGGUGGGUGGAGCUGAGAGAAAACCUCCAGUGACUGUGAUUCCUUAGGGGCCAAGGUUGGGAUGCCAGUCAGAGUGGGGGCAAAGGAAGGUCACCCUUUCCGUAGCUGCCCUGUGAGACUGGCAAACAGAAUGUAAGCAGCUUCACAAGGAGCUGCCCCUCAGCCUCCACCAGGCCCUGCAGACGGCUGGACCAGCAGAGGAGGCAGCAUUGGUCAGGAACCACACCAUACAUUCUCUGUCAGGUGGUAUCAUAUGGUGAGCAUCUCUUUCUCUGAAUCAUCGGGGGUAAACUGUAUUGUUCACACCCUUUAAAACAUCCUUUUCCAGGUAUGGUGGCACACACCUGAGAGGAAGAGGCAGGUGGAUGAUCUCUGUGAGUUCCAGGCCAGCAAAAGCUUCACAGAGACCCCGUGUCAGUAAAAAUAAAGUCAAAUAAACAUCUUUCGAGCAUUCCUAGAAGGAAGGGGAGCCAGAUGCUGCCCAGGCUUAGCAGCUGCAGGGAACACCCUGGGUUUGACCCAGGUCAAGACUUUGUCCCCUCUGCCUCAGGCAUCCUUCCAUCUUUCCAUUCUGGACAAACAAAGGCCUGGUUGGAGGUGCUGUCCCCAGCACUGCUUCAGGGCUAACCUGGGACCGGGAUAUGGUCCCUCUCCACUAAGGAAGUGGACUUAGGCCAGAGCUUGAAUGUGAGGCAUCCAUGGGAGCCCUGAGGGGCAGAGGGCCCUGGAGAAUGGUGAAGGCCCCCAAGCUGAAUCCAGGAGGGCAGACAUGGGCCUUUCCAAUAUCUCAGGGCAAGAGACAACCUGGUCAUCCUGGCCUGCACUGUCAGGAGUUUGCAAGGGGCUAGCAACUGAUCCAGUUGCUUCUAGGGAAAGAAAGACACGAACAGAGAAGUGCUUUAGCGUGAUUCGCACACCAUCAGCCCUGUUCCGGGACAGAAUGAGGAAUAAGCAGCCGGAAAAUGAGGGUAAGAGCGAAAGCCUUGGAGAUAGGAGAUGGCGCGCAGCACGGGCUGCAGCUGUACUGCACUCAGAGACUGCUAGCUAAGUGGGAGUCGGGGGGAUCCUCCCCACAGCCCCGAAUCCCAAGCCAGAGUGUGGGCAGGAGCCUGCUGUAGGGCUGGGGCUUUGCCAGGCGGUUGGCCUGGUGUUUUUCCUUCCACGGCUCUGGCCCCAGGCCUGGUGAGCAUUAUGCUGACCCAUAUUUCCACUGCGCAGGGUGGAAAGUAGGACAGCAGUGUGGCUGGAGCCAGGGUGGUGGGAGUCAGGCGGAGGUGGGAGGCCAGAUGCAGCAGCUCAGAAUUUCCAGGCUGGGAAGUGGUUCCUGAGGCAGGGAGUGCCCUUCCCCGGGCCUCCUGGCUUCUCUGGGUCAGGGAAGGGGCUGAGCCUGAGGAGCUAGGGAGGGCAUGUGUCUGGUUCUCUACACACCGCCCCUCACUCUGCAUUUUGAGGGCCUUGACUGGUCUCGGGGACAGAACAACUGGUUCUUCCACUCUUCCCUACUGAGUGUCCCUGCUUCCUCCCCUGGGACUUGGAGGGUAGGCCCCCUUAGAGGUAGACCCCAACAUGGCCUGAACACUGAGGACUUAGGAGAUACCCCUGAUCUCAAGGCCACAGAGUAGGGGCUACAGAGACCUCACGUAUGGGUAGAGUGGAUUUGGCUCUUCUGACACUUGGAGUUUUAUACCCACAUGCCUCUCUGGAAGGACUGCAAAAGUUAGCAACAGUUUUUACAUUCUGAUUCUGAGGACGCAAGGAUGGAAGGAAGAAAAGGGAAAGGCUGCCCCACCUCCUCCAAGUACGGUCUUGUGUGCAGCUCGGGCUUUGAACUUGUGAUCCUUGACCUCGGCCUCUUAAAUGCUGAGAUUAUAGGAGAGCUCAGCAAGUCGCUGAGAUUUGCUUAUGGAUAGUGUUUAAAUCUGUGGAUCACGAUGUUUAUUACCAUUUUAGUAAUAAUUUGGUGAAAGGAGAUGUCGUUCUGUUUGUUAGGUCUUUUCAAAUUCUAAAGAUAGUUUGUAGCUUUGGUUUUUUACUAUAAAAGUUUGCACCAUUUUGGUUAAAUUCACUUUUAAAUAUGAUUUUUUUUUUCAGAGCUGGGGACUGAACCCAGGGCCUUGCGCUUGCUAGGCAAGCGCUCUACCACUGAGCUAAAUCCCCAACCCCUUAAAUAUGAUUCUUUUUCAUGUAAAUAGGUUUUUACAAUUUUAUUUUCAUGCUAUCCAUUGCUGGUAUACAGAAAUCCAACUGAACCUUUAAUAUUGGCCUUGUAUUUGCCACCUCGCUGAACCCACCAGUUCUAAUAUUCUGUAUAGUUUUGUGUCGUGCAAACCACACCCAUUCAACAAAGCAAUUAACAAUCACUUCCUGCCAGGGCCUUGGAACUUCCCAGUUUCAGGCUUUGCCCUGACUUACAGCUUAAGUCGUGAGUUCCCCCAUUGGGAGCAGACCUUACAUCCGUCGGGAAAGCAGUAGGUUUUAGUCACGACAGCAGUGCCACCACUGUGCCAGCGGGCGCGUCUCACCUGGCAUGUGGGUAUCUUACCACACAGGGAGCAUAGCUGAUCAGGACAGUUGGUGAGGAUUCUCCCCAGCAGCCUUCAUAGCACUGCCCCGAGCCGUGAAAGUUGGGCAGUAAAGAGGGAGCUUUCAGUUUAGUCUCAGAUCUAUUUCACGUCCUGCGACCCAAUUGUCUGGUAUCUCCAGCAAUAGGGUCUUAACACCUAGUUCUGGUAGACAACCAGGAGCAAUGGCAGUAGUCUUUAAGGUUUGUGGGGCCCCCGGCCAACAAUUCAAAGAGAGGCAACUGAGGUCUGUUGCUGAGAUUUUUACCCAACAACCUUACGACUCCUACGCUUGCCCCUUCUAUUCAUGUAAGAUGCUUGUGUUCAUACUCCUUCCUUGCUAUCUGUACUGCUCUUCCAGAUGUUCUGACAAAUCUGUGAGACACUCAAGCAUCACCAUGACACAACAGACCAUUCUACAAAUCUCCGAAGGGCCGUCCAUUCCAAAUAAGUACCAUUUGGUCUCGAGCAGCUAAAGGAGGGCUUAAAAGGAACUGUUAACAGCAUCCAGUACAACAUGGAAAGAUAUCACUUCUAUCAUAUCUUUUUGUUAAAGGAGCAAUAUUGGGGAUGGAGGCAUGGGUGGGAGUCACUAUCCCUCCCUCCAUGAUCCACAGACAUUUUACCUGAGCCAUCAGCCUCCUCAGCCUCGAGUAAGGCAGCUGCUAAGGCUCUGUUGUAGUCUCCCACCCUGACGAUCUUGGAAAGGAUGCUUCAGUUGCCUAGCUUGGCUCAGGUCAAGUGACCCUGGGUUAGCCUGGCAUGCCUGGUGCUGCAGUUGGAAACCCAGUACUGAUAGGCUCUGGGGCAGCAUUGUGGAGCGUACCUUUCUAUUGGCCACAUAUAGGUUCUGCAAAGACCCCAGGCUGGGCAACCAGUCUCCACCACCAGAGUAGUCUAUAUCAUCUACUCCGAGGGGAUAACUUGCCACCCCUAGGUUAAGCUUAAUGUUUUUCAUCUGCAUUGUGUUCUUACAUGUGUUUUGUGAAGAAAAGUAUAUUCUGCUACUCAGUCUGGUUCUUCCAUUUCUUUUUCCCAUCAUGCUGCUGGCUUUUCCUCAUCUCAUUUUAGUUCUCUGGACACCUUAGGGCAGCUGUUAUAGAGCUUUUGUAUAGCUAGUUCAUCUGCAGGUCUUUUUUAUUGACAGUUUCUAUUUAUUUUCCCCCUGGAGUGUACAACGCUUUCCUAGUUAUGGUGGGUACUAUGAUUUUUUUGUUGUUGUUAAAAUUUGAAAUUUGAGACUAAUACUGCCAGGACCCUGAUGAUCAGCUUCUCCCCGAGGUCAGCCAUUUUUAUCACUGGUCUGUUCCACUCAUUUGUCAUAGGUCGUUUCUGGGCCAAGGACCAGCUUGACGUGCAAACUUGCCUGCUCAGGCCUUUUCAGAGUCUGCACUUUUCCCAGUCUGUGUGGUACCUGUAGAGUUAAAAAGUCUGAGCUUACUUCAGGGACUUGAAAUCCCACAGUCCCCACCCUGGAAAUCUCCACCCCCAAGAUGCCCUCUAUAAAACCUGCCUCUCGAUCAGUUCUUUGCUGUUUCUUGCUGGAGCAGAGGCAGCCACCCUCCUGUGUUCUCCCCGAUAAAUCUCUCGUGUGAGGUUUGCUGUGCAGUGUGUCUGUGUGGGAUUCCUUGGCUCCUGACCGCCAGGAGACCGUUGCCCUCAGUCGCCCUCAGAGCCGUUACGCUUGUAGUAUCACUUUUUAACCUUCCCUCGCAUAUGCGGUUCCCCGCGAAUAACUUAAUAGUUGAUGUCUGAGCUUCCGAAGGAGGAGAGAGAAUGAUGAAUGGGAAUGGGGAGAAGACGACCUCAAUCCUUUAAAGCUCCUGGAAGUUAGCAGCUGGAAUGGCAGGGUUGAUUAGUUAAUUCAUGCUGCUCUGACCCAAUUGCCAGACACAGACGAGGGAAGUUUAUUUUGGCUUCCACGUUCAGGGCAGAGCAGUUGAUCACGGUGGGGACGGCGUGGCGGAAAUGCACCCUUAGAGCAGGAGCGUGCGGUGGAGACACCUCAUCCAAUGGACAGGAGAGCCCAGAUCAUAACCUUCAAGGCCCGUCCUUAGCAGCCCACCUCAGGGUGAGGCCCCACAACCUCUUAACAGCCCCACUCAAGUGUUCGAACACAGAACCUCUGGAAGGAAUUUCACCCUCAAAGCAUAACAGGCUCGCAACAAUUAGAGCAGAGCAAUGACCAGCCACUGACCUCCAUGAACAUCCGUGAUCACAGCCUUGGGUAGGAAGACAGAGUCCUGGUGGCCACAUAGCAUCUGCAGGUUGUGUGCAAACCACACCAGGAUUGGACCUGUACUUGCCCGGAGGUGGGGAAUGGGCAGCUGCUCAUAUGGGAAGCAACUGCGAUUCUUGUUUAAGCCUCUUCUGGAAGUUGCGGCCUUCAGUAGACGUCACUGUUCCAACGCAGUCACACCAGCCAGACUCUCCAGUAGAACUGUUGCCGUGUUAGAGUCAGCUUCCUGCCCAUUCUCUGCGCCUCCUCCCAGGGCCUCCAGUCUUGCCUCUUUUGGGUACUAUUUCUUUGUUCACGAGACUUUGAGUCUCCCUUAGUUUCAGUCUAAACAAUUCCCUUUAGUCUUUCCCUUGAGGUGGCUUUACUAAGGAGAAAUUCUGGAUUAUUGUGGAAUGACAGCCUUUUCUUUUCUUUUCUUUUCUUUUUAUUAACUUGAGUAUUUCUUAUAUACAUUUCGGUUUCCGGGCAAACAUCCCCCUCCCCCUCCCCUUUCUUAUCGGUGUUCCCCUCCCCAUCCUCCCCCCAUUGCCGCCCUCCCCCCAACAAUCUAGUUCACUGGGGGUUCAGUCUUAGCAGGACCCAGGGCUUCCCCUUCCACUGGUGCUCUUACUAGGAUAUUCAUUGCUACCUAUGAGGUCAGAGUCCAGGGUCAGUCCAUGUAUAGUCUUUAGGUAGUGGCUUAGUCCCUGGAAGCUCUGGUUGCUUGGCAUUGUUGUACAUAUGGGGUCUCGAGCCCCUUCAAGCUCUUCCAGUUCUUUCUCUGAUUCCUUCAACGGGGGUCCCGUUCUCAGUUCAGUGGUUUGCUGCUGGCAUUCGCCUCUGUGUUUGCUGUAUUCUGGCUAAUGACAGCCUUUUCUAGAGCUAUUGACUUUUUUUAAUUGUUGAUGUUGUUCCUUUGUCCACCCCACCGCCUUAUAUGGUUUCUGGUGAAGGCGAAGUAUUAAUUCUAAUGGAGUAACCCUUGCCUCUGAUGCUUUGGUUUUCUUUUGCCGAUCAGGGACUCUGGCUUGGGAAUACUUAGCUGUGACUGGGACGGUCUUUUUGCGUGUUCCAUACCUAGAACCAGUUGAGCUUCUUGGAUGUGUACAUUACUUUUCAUCAUCCGUUGUGGCAAAUUUCAGCUGUUACUUUUUUUCCACAUAAUUUUUCUCUUGCGAAUGAAAAUUCCUGAAAAGGAACCGUGUCUGGCUCUGAACGAGAACUCCCCUGGAAGUAGCCGGUGUCUGCAGAGGCUGACGGGCCAGCUAGAAUCUCAGUGCUGUGGAGAGGUUGGGAUUUGGUAGGCUCAGAAGUUAAUUACUUUAUCUUGGGCUAGUUUUAGCCUUCUGGAACACUCUGUUUCUGAACUAAUAACCCAUGAUCUUAGAACUAACAUCUUGUGAUAAUUAAGGAAAAUCUCCUAGAACCUUUAGCUUAGCAAGACACCAGCUUCCACUGAGAACCCAACAAUGCCACCUGAUGGGUCUGUAUGUGACACAGUUGCCCAGUGUUGUUGUACCUACCUCUCCGGUGUACCCACCAAUGUCUUUUAAAGAUGCCUUGGUUUAUGAUAAUUCUGUGUUCUGUAAAAGUAUAAAAACCCUGUGGACUACUCCCACAUCGGAACAUGGAAUUUGGGGUAACCUAAAUCUGUGUUUCGGGGGCCAGGGUCAUUCAAAAUGGCUCCAGUAUACACUGUUUGUUAUUCCCUUAAGACAAGAGCUGUGGCUUCUACACAGACACUCUGCGUCUCCUCUUCUCCCCGUGAGACUCCAGUUACGCAAUUGUUUGUGUUUGAUGGUUCCCUGCAAGACUCCAGCGUUUGUUUAGUUUCUGUUAUCCUGUUUUCUUUCCCAGGCUGGAUAAUCUCAACCGAGGUACUCCUUUUAUGGGCUUUUUAAUUCCAUUUUUCCAGCUCUCCUGUCGAGCUCCUGUAAUGGGAAGUACGCUUAUCACACCUUUCAACCUCAAGGCUUGUGUCGUCCUGAAUUGUCUACCAUUCGCUGGUAUCACUCCUUGGUGCGGUUCUGCUCUCACACUUGAUCAGACAUGGCUUCCUCUGUGGGGUGCAGCCGGUUUGUAGCAGGAUGCUGUGACGUUGUCCAGUUGGACCUGUAGCUUGUUAUGGAGAAGAGCCUGGUUUGGAAUUCACGCUAAUCCUGCUUCUGCCUCCCAAGUGCUGGGACUGGAAGUGUGAGCAACCAUGGCUGGCUCUUAGCUCUCUGAGCAUGCUUAUGACUGUUAAAGUCUUUAACUAGUGUCUCCGAGGCCUGUGCUUCCUCGGUAAGUUUCUAUAGCUGCUUUCUUUCUUACUCUCUGUGUAUGGGCUACACUUCCUUCUGCCUUUGCAUGUUUUGUACAUUUUUGUUGGAACCUGAACAACUGAGAGAGUAUAAUUGGACAGCUCUGGAAAUUAGAUUCUUCCCCUCUUCAUGGGUUAUUGUUUGUUGAGGUUUCCUUAGUGACUUUUCUGGCUUAAGUCUGAAAUAUUGGUAUUUGUUGCCAUGUAGGGCCAUAAAGUCUUUUCCUGGUUAGCUCAGUGGUUAGUGAACUACUGGACUGAAGAUGCCUGGAACCAGUUAAUCUUCCAGCUGUGUGGUUCUAUCUAUGUUAGGACAUGAUAGAAACACUCACAGAAGGCACAUCAUAAGGGCAUUAGCCCUCAUUUCCUGCUUGCAGAACCUGAAGGUCAGUCAGAGGUGGCAAUCAGGGGCCUUGUCAGGCCUUGCCUGAGCAUUGGCAUCCCCCGGGCUCUUGGACUAUAUGGCCUUCUAGGUUCCUAGAAAUAUGCCAGGAGCUCUCAACGUCCCUGUGCACUUCCAACCUCUGAGCUUUUCAUUCUCAGUAUUUUGGCCUCCAUCUUUGGUCAACAGCCUUAAUCAUUACCUGCAGUUGUUUCCAACAGAAAUCUCUAGGGAAAGGCUCAGACCCAAGUCGUCUAAAGACAGUUUCCCAAGUGUCUAGGAAGCUACCAGAAGGGGACAUCAAGAUGACUUUCUGGGAAUGACGCUUUGAGAAGCCCCAGCCCCAUGCUGUCCCAGGCCUCAGCUUCCAGGCUGGUUUUCCUAUCAUUGAAGGGAAAGUUUGGAUCUGAGAUAGCUAAAAGUUUACCAUCUUCCCUAAUUUUUUGACAAAAUAACUUCCCACUUACUGUUGCAAGCUUUUGGUUAACUUCCAGAGUACCCAAAACCCUGUCCAGACAUUUCUUCCUUUUUAAAAAAAAUUUUGUGAAACUCUGUAGUCUUGGCUACCCUGGAGCUAGGUUUGUAGAACAGGCUGACCUAGAACUCACAGAGAUUCACCUGCCUUGGUCUACUAAGUGUCAAGUCCAAAGUAAACACCAAUUCCCCAAACUCCGAAAAGGCUGUCCAAAUAUCCAGAAAUGAGUUCAACAUGGACCAGCAGUUAGACAAACGCCAACAUUCCAUGUGAGCCUGUGAAACUGAUUCCCUUCUACACAAAGGAGUAAUUCCCCUCACCUUUGGCAGAGGGACACAGGGCUACUUGUGGCACCCAUCCACAUAUCCAAAGCACAUGCUGGCUUUCAGGCCCUCCCGGUAUCACAAGUACGAGGUACACAUUUCAAAGUCCAUGAGCAGCCUGCUUUCUCCUCUACCCUAAAUGCCCUCCAGCUCACAGGCUUCCCUCCCCUCCCUACAGCAACUCAUCUUCCUUAUAACCCUGCUCUCUGCUCUCUGCUCUCUCUCUCUCUCUCUCUCUCUCUCUCUCUCUCUCUCUCUCUCUCUCUCCUCUGUCUACAACAAAAGCCUUCCUCUUAACCAUACCGUUGUGUGGUCAUGUCUUCACUUUAGACACCACACUCUGGUCCUGUCCAAUUAUCUUUGUCUGUUUCCUUGUUGUUUUGAUGGAGAGAGAACUCCCCCCAUUUUUGCUGAAGUCCUGGCACCUUACCUCCAUUGUGAAGAGACACCAUGGCAAGCCUUACUAGAAAUGGCCAGGACUCUUUUAUUUUCUACUAUGGGGGAAUCUCAUGAGAAGAAUUUUGUGGAAUGGUUCUCUCUUUUCACCUUCACAUGGCUUUAGGGAUUGAACGUAUGUCGUUAGUCUUUAAACAGCCAUUUCACUGCCCAGAGUCACAUUUAAAGGAGGCCAACUGUUGCACCAUAGAAGGGGACAGUCUGCCUUAGAGCCACACGGCACUGACAGGUCUCCUGAUCUGUCACGUGCAGGCAUGGCCUGGUCUCCUAUCCAUGUCUUGUAGAGACCUGCUGUGCUGACUGGGGAGGACACAUGUUCAGCGCUCCCUCUGGGGCUGCAUAGUUGUGGUGCCCACACUCAUGCAUGGAGGGCAGCUGCAAGCAGCCCCCCUUACAUGAUCUCAGAAACUAAAGGAUGUGGAUGGGGUGGGUGCUUGGGUGCUGGGGCUUGUUGGCUCUCACUUUCUUCCUGGGUGUUUUCUAAGAAAGCUAAGGCCACGAGCUGAACCCAGGGCUUGCUCACUGGAUAGAGUUCAGGCCCUGAGUCAGAGGUGCUAUUUGAAAUCUGACCUAGAAUAGUGACAUGGGAGACAGGAAAAGAGGGAGGGAGAACAGGAAGGAGGAAGGCAGCAAUGCCCUGUGGGACAAGUUCCUGAGCUGCUUGGGCCAGCCGCCAACUCUGCAGCCCAGCUAACUGCAUAGCUCUAGAAGUUGUACCCAGAAGCCUCAUCCAGAGUCUGCCUUCAGCCUACUCAUGCCUCUGUGAGCAUGUAACAUCCUGCAGCAAAACUUAGGCUGCUCACAAGGCUGGGCUGGAUUUCCCUCUCUGCAGGAGGUGGAAAAUAAAAUGGGCUGAAGGGCUAGUAUGGGUGAGAAGAUGCUCCUCUGGGCUGGGCUGGCUGCAGAGCCUUCCCGGAAACCUCGAGCCAGCUUGGAAGGGCCCUCUCUAGGUAGAGGGACUGCAAGCAGAGGGAACAGUGCUGGGAAUGUUCAGUGCCCAGUAGAAAGGGGAAGGGGGAGCUUGAGAGAGCCAGUCUGGCGGCCCCAUUCUGGGGAUACUGCCCAGGGGUGGAUGCAGCCUCUAGAGAGCAUUAUAUAGAGAGCACGCAUCACGGGGCCAGGCUGGAGCCAAUGAGCAGCGAGCGUGAGUCUGUGGACCUGGCAUGCUUGGUAUCUGAGGGUUUUUCAUUCACAGCUGGGGCACCUGGCAGGCAGGCUUGCCCGAAGCCUGUGUGCACUGCAGGAGACAGCCAUUCUGUGGGUGGGGAUCCCAAGCACACGUGGCCUGGGAGCAUGUCUCUUCCCAGGUCAGGCCUAGGGGCCUGUGCCACACCUAAGGAGGAGUCUAGGCCCUGAAAGGACCAUUGUUACACCAUGGCAAAGUCCUCCCCAUGUCCCAUCAUGUCCAUGAAAAUUCUCAGGGAUUUUCAUUUUUAGGGGACACUGCUACCGCUAAAGGAAUUUCUUGCCUGGCUAUCAUCCUGCCCAGCCCUCCUUGGGCAGCCCCGACUUGGCAGCUGCAGCUCUGCUUGGAAGAGACUGGCGUUGGCUCGUUCUCGUUGCCAAACCAGUGGAUACCCACGUCUCAAAGACUUCAUGGGCUUGAGGCUGAGAGAGAAGCUUCCUGAUACCCCGGGCUGGGGCUGUUGACUACUACCUUGUCGUGUGGAAUGGAGUGAGCCUUAGGGUUUCCGCUGAGCAUAGGGCAGGGGGUGGACUGAAGUUAUUCACAGUGUAUCUUCUUCCUAGGAGCCUAAGCUCUGGUGGAUGGAGACUGGCCUGGCUAGCUCUAGGUACACAUCUGUGACUGCUCUAAGGACUGCAUCCACACAGCACAAUCAGCACUGGCCCCUGCAUCCCUUCUCCAGAAACACCGUGAGUGUCCUGGUCCUCGCAGCCCCUCUCCAGCAACACUGUGUGCAACCCGGUCCUGUGGCUCUGGAACUCUAGUCAGAUGUGAGAAGCCUGGAUCCUGUGACAAGCAUGACCCAUAGCUGGUCCCGGAACACAAGACAAGUUAGGGGGAAAAAGGCCUCUGAACGAAAGGUCGGCGUUUGUGUGGAGUGGUAACGAUCCUUGAGGGUCCACAAGGUCAACAGAAGAGCAUCUGUCUAUGCCUGUUGUCUGUUGAGGGACAGUGGGAUUUUUCGAGCGGCCCUAGGACACCUUUGUCUGAAAAGGAGAAGAAAGUCCUUGUUCUGAUGUCUACUCAGGCUUAAUUGACCUCACGGCUUCAUUCUGCAUCAGUUGGAUGGGCUGUACUAGGCACUGAGGCAGCAGACAGGAAGAGCUGGGGCCCGUCUGCUGGCCAGAGGCACUAAUCUUGGGCAUAAACAGGAUCUCCAAGCUCUGGGACCAGUCCUGCAGCUGACAGCCCAGCAGCCUGCCCCUGACGCUCUUGCUAGGUGAUGGAAAACGUGAGUUUUUCCCUGGACAGAACUCUUUGGGUCUUCCUCCUGGCCAUGCUAGGCUCCACCGCAGGCCAGCCGCUGGGGGGAGAAUCUGUCUGCACAGCCCGGCCUCUGGCUAGAUACAGCAUCACUUUCACUGGCAAGUGGAGCCAGACAGCAUUUCCCAAGCAGUAUCCUCUGUUCCGGCCCCCUGCACAGUGGUCCUCUCUGCUGGGGGCAGCACACAGCUCUGACUACAGCAUGUGGCGGAAGAAUGAGUACGUCAGCAAUGGGCUGAGGGACUUCGCUGAGCGUGGUGAGGCCUGGGCACUGAUGAAAGAGAUCGAAGCAGCAGGAGAGAAGCUCCAGAGUGUGCACGCGGUAUUCUCGGCUCCCGCCGUGCCUAGUGGUACCGGGCAGACUUCUGCAGAGUUAGAGGUGCACCCUAGGCACUCGCUGGUGUCCUUCGUGGUACGCAUUGUCCCCAGUCCGGACUGGUUUGUGGGCAUCGACAGUCUGGACCUGUGCGAGGGAGGCCGCUGGAAGGAGCAGGUGGUCCUUGAUCUUUACCCACACGAUGCAGGGACAGACAGUGGCUUCACCUUCUCCUCCCCCAACUUUGCAACCAUCCCACAAGACACAGUGACUGAGAUAACCGCCUCAUCGCCCAGUCACCCAGCCAACUCAUUCUACUACCCACGCCUCAAGUCCUUGCCACCCAUUGCCAAAGUGACCUUCGUGCGGCUACGGCAGAGUCCCAGAGCCUUUGCCCCACCUUCCCUGGACCUGGCCAGCAGAGGAAAUGAAAUCGUUGACAGCCUCUCAGUUCCAGAGACACCGCUGGACUGUGAAGUUUCCCUGUGGUCAUCCUGGGGACUGUGCGGAGGGCCAUGUGGAAAGUUGGGAGCCAAGAGCAGAACUCGCUAUGUGCGUGUUCAGCCUGCUAACAAUGGGACUCCCUGUCCCGAGCUUGAAGAAGAGGCUGAGUGUGCCCCAGAUAACUGUGUCUAAACCCAGACCCCAGUAGCCAGCCCUUAGGAUCCCUCGAGCCUUGGACUCUGAUCUGGGCCACAAAGUGUUUUCAGGAGGCCCGUGUAGGCAGGGAUGAGAGCAUGGGCAAUUUUGCACCAUUUCCCACCAUUCCUGGGUUGACAGAUGGUCUUGAUACAGAGGCCCUCAGUGACAGGUAAGACACAGACUGCCUCUCCCACUGUGUGAUUCCUGAGGAUCAUGGGUUUGAUCUACAUAAAUUCCUUUGUAAUUUAUUACUGUGGUGGGAGGGAGGCUGCCUUUGAUACAGAGAGAAGGCAUUCCAGGAACAGGUGAGAGGAUGCCCUAAGCCUGUGAGCCCCACAACCACACUGCUGUCAGAUACCUCAGACCUGCUGCCACUGCACUUGCUCCUGGAGGCCAAGAAGUCAACCUUCACACCACUCUUGAGCUCACCCUGGGGUGACCACAGGAGGGGCAAAUGAAGAGGGGCAGUUUUGGAAACUUGGAGCUUUUGUGUCACUGAUCCCUUUGCAUUCAAAUAAAGGUUAUGUUCCCGAAAAA